AUGAAUGCCACCGAGAUCUCUUUGGGGAUUCUGUAUCUGCUAAAAUUCACCACUGGGGUCUCAAUGAAUGUCUUCCUCCUGCUGUUUUAUUGCCGUGUGAUCUCCACAAGUCCCAAGAUCAAUUCUUCAGACUUGAUCCUGGCCCACCUGACCUUGGCCAACACCAUAGUGCUUCUUAUCCUUGGAAUCCCAGAGACCCUUUCAGCUUGGGGACUGAGAAACUUCCUGGGUGAUACUGGGUGUAAGAUCAUCAUGUACCUUUUUCGAGUGGCGCGGGGCCUGGCCAUCUGCACCACCUGCCUCCUGAGCGUCUUCCAGGCCGUCACCAUCAGUCCCGGCACCUCCCAGUGGGCAGGAGUCAAAGCCAAAUUACCCAGGUGCAUCAUCCCCUCCUGCGUCCUCUCCUGGAUCCUCAAUCUGCUUGUAGAGUUUGACACCCUGUUGAAUAUGACAGGCCCUCAGAGCAGCAACAGUGUUCAAAUAAUGCUAGAUUUAAAAUACUGCUCAAAAGUUAGUGACAGUUCAAAAAUCCACGUGCUAAUUGCAGUUGUCCGUUCCCUCCGGGAUAUGUUUUUUGUGGGGCUCAUGAUAGUGACCAGCGGCUACAUGGUGUUUGUUCUGCACAGACACCACCGGCAGGUCCGGCACCUUCAGGGGCCCAGCCACCCUGCCAGGGCAAUGCCCGAGGUCAGAGCGGCCAAGAGAGUAAUUGUCUUCGUGACUCUCUAUGUCAUCCUCUACGGGCGACAGUCAAUCAUGCUGAGUGUUUUACUCACCCUGAAAGGUUAUUCUCCUCUUCUGGUGAAGAGUCACAUGGUGCUGUCAUUCACCUUCUCCACCAUCAGUCCGUUCCUGAUAAUUCACGGUGACCGGAGGAUAAGAAUGUUCCGGAAAAGGGAAUCCCUAGUUUCUGACAUGGAACCCUCAUAG